AUGCCCUACUUUUGGCUCUUUGCUACUGUCGCUGCUUUCGCCUCUGGCCCUCUGUGCCCAUUUGUCCUGCUCUUUGCCUGCAUAUUGCAGCUGCUUAUCGCUUUCCCUGUUCUCUCCGCCUCGUUGUUUUGCCUCUUCAUGUUUUUCGUUUUCUUUCAUGAUCCCCUUGUUGCCUUUUGGCACUCUCUUGUCGACGUUUGGGUGUGGUGUUCGUCUGACUGGGAUCCACGUAUUUUGCAAGCAAUGCGUGAUAAUGAAGAAGCAACCAAGUUCGUGAUGGAAGCCCGUGCAUUUUGGAAGGUGGUUGAUCUCACAGGUGCUCCUCUUUAUGACGUUGCCGAUAUUGAGGGCCCUGCUGCUGAUGAGAUCGUUUCUGCUUGUGGUGAUGAGUCCGUUUUUGGUGUUGCUCCCGUUUUUGGUGAUGUCUCGUUUGCUCCUGUUGUUAGUCGUUCUGGUUUUUCUGCUCUUGGUGUUGCUUCUGCUUUUGUUGGUGUCGAUGGUGUUCGUUCUUCUGGUGUCGAUGGUGUUCGUUCUUCUGGUGUCGAUGGUGUUCGUGGCUCUGUUGUUGGUGAUGGCGUUUCUUUUCCUGCUGUUGCUGCUACUGCUUACGAUGACGUUGAGGCUCUUGGUGCUGGUGCUGCUGAUGUUGGUCGUGUGUUGGACCCUGUUCCUGGUGGUGAGAAUGUUGUUGCUGCUCUUGGUGUUCGCGAAGAGGAUGUUAUGGACGAGCUUGCUUUUCUUUUUCUCCACUUGAGUGUGGAUGAUCCUCUUGACGAGGAUACCUACAUGGCUCCCCCCUUUGAUCGUCGUUACGUGGAACCAGUUGACAUAAUGGAACUUGAUGAUCAUUUGCUCUCGGUGAUGUCGGUGCACUUGGAAAACUCUCCUUUCUUCCAAGAUGAUGACGAUCCCAUCAUGAUCGAUAUGCCCUCUCCCCUCAUUCCAUCACGACCCGCAACACCACCCCCAUCACCUCCUCCAUCACCUACGCCAAUUCCUAUGGAGGUUGAUCUUACAAUCGUUUCCCCUACUGUCAACACUACCGCUUCCACCACCACCAUCACCAAUACCGCUACCAUCACUACACCUAUGCCCACUGACACUCCUGCCACCACAACCACAACUACCGAUAUCACACCUGCUACCACUACUACCGCUACUGCUAUUGUCACUUCACCACCUCCUAGUCCUCCUCUUAAUCCCGCCAUGUCACUCAUUUGGUCACGCAUUCAACAACUCCGUACUCGUACAACACCAUCAUCCAAUUCCGCAACACCCUCUUCUACCGUUACUAUGCCUACCACUCAUUCUGCCGCUACCACUUCCUCACGUCCUCUCAUUAACGACAAUAUGCCACCUCCUCCAUCACGAUCACGACGUAUCACCCUCACUGUCACGCCACCUACAACAUCAUCAUCCACCGCCACAUCCACUCGUUCUUCAUCUAUUGUACGUCCCGAUAUGCCUCCUCCUCCUCCACGACCACCACGAGCAACCGCAACACCUUCAUCUUCUUCUCGCGUAUCAUCAUCCUCAUCCUCAUCCUCAUCAUCUACAACCGCCACCACUUCAACACCUAGUGAAUCCGAACAACCACAACAGCAACAACAACCCACCACCAUCACUUCCGCCACACCUCAACCAUCAUUACCUUCCGAUGUGCGUGAAGCACAAGAGGCCCUUGGCCUCUUUGACUGA